AUGACUUCGACUUUAUCAGUCCCACAACUAGCAACUUUAGAGACUGAGACUCGCUCUCUUUCUCCCGGUACAACAACGAAUCCGUCGCUGAACAAGCCAGACUUUACUGCUUCUAUCGGGCCUGAUGGCUCGGUAACAGACGCUUCGACGCUCGUGGAUAGAGCUUUGUCCAGCAAAAGAGGAGAAAUGAUCCAGGUGUCCCCGACUACAUCGGGCAUACCGCGAGAAAUGCGGGAGGACCUGUACAAGGCGAAGGAGAUAUCCUGGAACGGAAAGCCCGUGACCCGAGAGGUUGUCGAGAGGAUGAUCGAAGAUGAUCCUGAGUACAAGUGGGAGAAGCAAGUUUCGGCUGGACAGAAGUUUCACGAAAAUCUCAAAGACCUCGGGGAAGGUUUCCUGCGCCUUACGUUUGGCGUGGUUGGCGGCUACGCACUCUGGCGUAGCUACAAGCGGAACCAAAGAGAGAAUGCACCGGUCCUAUUCGGUAACUUUGCUGUCUGUGGGAGCUCAUGGACUCCGCUUUACAGAUAUGAUGCGGACCUGGCCUGGUUGAUGCGAAAUCGUUUUUCCCUUGCCUCGUCGCGAUUUAUUAUGCUUUGA